UUUGGGGACGUUGGCAGUUAUUUCCAAGAAUCGUCGCCUAUAUAAAACCCACCAUGCCCCUCCCAUUCAUAUCCACAAAACCCAAGAAAAAGAAAAGGAAAGGAUGAGAUCACAACCUUGUUCUAUUCUUCUUCGUCUUCUUUUGAUACAUGGUCUCUUCUUGCGACUCACAAGCUCAAGAACCACCGUCCACAGAGGCCAAUUCCCUCCCUCCUUCUUGUUUGGCACUGCCACCUCCUCUUUCCAGAUUGAAGGGGGCUACCUGCAAGGUAACAAAAGCCUCAGCAAUUGGGAUGUCUUCUCACACAUGCCAGGCAAAAUAGAAGAUGGAAGCAACGCUGAUGUGGCGGAUGAUCACUAUAAUCUCUUUUUGGAAGAUAUACAGUUGAUGCAUAGUCUCGGGGUGGAUGCAUACAGAUUCUCCAUUGCUUGGUCUAGAGUUCUUCCCCAAGGAAGAUUUGGAGAGGUCAAUUCAGAAGGCAUCGAAUUCUACAACAAUAUCAUUGAUGCCCUUUUGGUCAGAGAUAUUAAGCCGUUCGUGACGUUGAACCAUUACGACCUUCCCCAAUUGCUAGAAGACCGGUAUGGUUCGUGGUUAAGUUCCGAAAUACAGUUGGACUUUGGCUACUUUGCACAAGUUUGUUUCGAAGCUUUCGGAGAUAGAGUGACGUAUUGGAGCAUAUUCAAUGAGCCUAAUGUGCUCAUCUAUCAUGGUUACCUCUUGGGAACUUACCCGCCCGGCCGGUGCUCCUACCCGUUUGGUAAUUGCUCCUAUGGUGACUCUGCUCUAGAACCCUACAUUGCGACCCACAAUCUGGUGUUGUCCCAUGCCACGGCCGCUGAAAUUUACCGGAAGUAUUACCAGGAAAAGCAAGGAGGAAUGAUUGGGAUAGUAAUUUCAGCUCCAUGGUUCGAGCCGUACGACGACACCCCAGCCGAUCGUCUUGCUGUCCAACGAUCUUUAGCUUUCUAUAUUGCAUGGUUUGUAGACCCUUUAGUAUAUGGAGAUUAUCCGCCAGAGAUGCGUCAAGUCCUAGGAUCGAGAUUGCCGACGUAUUCGGCGGAAGAGCGGAAGAAGCUCCUGGAGGGAAAGCUGGAUUUCAUCGGAGUAAAUCACUACACGACUCUUUAUGUGAAGGACUGCAUGUUCUCUUCAUGCGCUUCACCUUACUCUCUGGGGGACGCGUUCGUGUAUCUCACUGGAGAAAAGGAUGGAGCUUACAUCGGCGAACGGACCGCGAUGCCGCUUUUCUUUGUCGUUCCGAGGGGCAUGGAAGGGAUCGUUACGUAUGUCAAAGAGAGAUACAACAACACGCCCAUGUUCAUUACCGAGAAUGGGUACGCACAACCUGCAGGUGCAAUCAAAGAUUCGCUAAACGACACGAAGAGAAUAGAGUACCACGAGAACUAUCUCGCUGUCUUAAGUGAAGUUGUGAGAAAAGGAGCGGAUGUGAGGGGAUAUUUCAUAUGGUCUCUGCUGGAUAACUUCGAAUGGCUAUACGGAUAUUUGAUACGAUUUGGGCUGCAUUAUGUGGACUUUCAAACACUGAAGAGAACACCCAAAUGGUCAGCUACGUGGUACACGGAGUUCCUCUCUGAAGAUAACAAAAUUCGAGCGAUUCGAAAAACAUCCACCUACAAAAUGUAGCAUCCUGUGUCUUUAAAACUAUUAAGAGAUCAUAUCUUUCGAAGAUCUCUAACGGUAAAAUAAAAAUAAAAAAAUUAUUUGCGGAAUUUUUUAGUGCCCCAGGUUGU